CUCCGUUUUAGCCCUGUCUCCCUGUCAAAAAGGAGAAGCCCAACAGCCUCGGCGACUGAUGGUUCGCCCCACUUGUUGCUCCUUCUGCCGCUUGACUUCCAGGACAUGCGAUCUUUUGCCCGACGAUCCGGACUUGGCCUUCAGCGAAGGAGAGCCCGAUAUGAGGCUGACCGCGGCGGGCCUUCCCCCGCCGGUAGUCGCGACGGCCUUCUUCCGGGUGGUGCCCAGGCCCGUGGCCACGGCCGAGUGUGUCUCUUGUGGCAAUGCCACGCCGGGCAUGCUGCCAGCAUCUGAGCGUCUGCGACGGGCGCUGCCCCAGGACUUCACGAUAUCCAUCAUGCCGGCGGCCUCACACUCGUCCUCUUCCCCCCGGGCUUGUGGCAUGGUGGCCGGCUGCUGCAUGCUCUUCCAGUGUGUGGGCAUCGCCAGCGAUGGGCACUUCCCACUGGCACAUGGGCGCCUGCUGGCCGGCCAGCCGGCGCGCAUGUAUUUGGACGAGGGCCCCCGGCCCGGGUGUACUCCCACCGGAGCCUGGCUGCUGGGCCGCCAGCAGGGGCUGUCACUGGUGGUCCCUUUGCACUUUGGCCCUCCUCCCCGGGGGGCAUCCCCCCUGUCGCAUGUUGUUUUUGCUCUGCCGCGAACGGCGGCCCUGUUGGCGGCGGCGGUGGCCGUGGACCCUCCUCUUGUUCUCGAGGCGAAUGGCCGGUGCUUUGUGCUAAGACGCACCGGCGAGCCUGGUUCUUCCGUUCCCUUCGCUGGCCUUGGCGCCGGCGCCGACACCCAUGCACCUGCCCGCAGUCCGACGAACAGCCCGGGGCCCGGGGCCUGGGACACCCCGGAGGAGGGCCUCCUCUUUCCCGAGGCCUUCCGGCAUGGGGUGGCUGCGGGUCCCUGGUUCGGGGAAAAUGUGCACAUCCGAAUCCGGGGAUCGCCGGCGUCGGUGGCCCGGGUGUGGGUGUCCUUUUCGAUGCGCCCAGCCGAGGGCGCAGGCCCGGAGCCGGAUCUGGCCGAGUGCAUGGGGGAUCUUCUUUUGCGGUGCUUUCCCGACGGGCUGGUGGCCCUGCUGGAGCAUCGCACGACCAGGAUCGAUGGCUGGCACGUGUGGCUGCGAAUCGGCCUCCUCCGAGGCCCAAGUGGGGAGGUCCUCACCUGUGGGCUGCUGCAGCCGCAGGUGGCGAUCUUGCUGUCGCGGGAUCUCGGCGGCCCCGAGGCCGGCCGUCAGGUUGCUGCCUCGGCCCGGGGGUAGGCCCGGGUGGCCGCCGGUGUGCCGGCCGCACCGUGGCGGCAGCGCUGGGCGCCCUUUGCCGAACAAUGCCCUCAGCUUCCCCGUCUCUUCCUCAGGGUGACUGCCUGUGUCGAAAGUAGUGCCACAGGGGUUCCUUUUUGUCCGCCGCCCGUUCAAUAAAGGCCCUUUGUCGGGCGGGAUGUGCAGAGGGUCCAUCUUGUGGCCUCGUGGCUGGCGGUGAAAAUGGUGACCCCCACCCGCCUUCGCGCGAUUGAUGGUCGCCCCCGCCCGAGGAGUGCCCCUGUCUUUUUUUUUGUCCCUCUCUUUGUCCCCCCUCUGAGACGUGCGCAAAAAAAGCACGGCCCCACGAGCAGGGGGGGGGACUCGGCUCUGACGUUCUCUGCUCCGGCCGGAAUGGGAUGCCAAAAAGGCAAGCUGGCCCCAGCCAGGAUCGAACUGACGACCUUCGCGUUAUUAGCACGACGCUCUAACCAACUGAGCUAUGGGGCCUCCUUGUGAGGGGAGAUGGGCCCGCCAGGUAUUUAUGCGCACGCCUGGGCGCCCCGCCAACCGCCUGGGUCCGAAGACCGGAGCUGGAGGGGCCCCUUCGGGCGCGUUCCGUGGCGGGAGGCCCCCGCAAGAGGGAGCAAGACAGGGCGACAGGCAGGACGAGGCUCUUUCAACAGGGGGAGCCCCGGGGCUCGUGUCUUGGAAGCACAGGGGUGUGCCAGGCUUGCGGGGGAGAAGGGCAGAAUCGAAACCCCAAGGACCACUCUGAGCAUCUUCC